CCCACAUGAUCUUAUUUUCCUGCGUGUGGUGGCCACCCAGGGUCACGUUGGCUGUAUCAUGAGUUUGAAGUAUUCAAGUAUCCCAUACGCUUUGAAAAGUUUGUAAACAAAUGCGUCGCAAAUAUGGUAAAAUGCGUGGUUCAAGGGUGUCCAAAUAGAAAGGACAAAGGGAAAGACACCGGAACAACCAACAAAAGGUUUUUUAGUUUUCCUCAGGAUCCAGGUAGAGUGAAAGUGUGGCUUGCUGCGUUGAGAGAAACGGACAGGGACCCAUCCGAGUUAAAUGAAAUUUGUGAAGACCAUUUUCUGGCAGACCACAUCACGCCACAGGGGAUAAGCGAAGAUGCUAUUCCACUGCCGCCGUACUUAGACGGACCAUUGGGGGCCAGCGAGUCUUCCGAGGGCGAACAGGAGGAAGGUGGUUUCUCGGUUGCACCGAUUGAUACGGAUGAUGAUGUCGACGACGACGACGGUGAUGAAGAGGUUGAAUAUGAGGAGGAGGAGGAAGAAGAGGGAUUGAUUCAGGAGAACGGAGUGGAGGACGUGCAAAAACCCCAGACCUCUCAAGAAAGCAAUGUCGAAGUCCCAAAGCCACAGACAGAUGCUGAUGCCCCAAAAGAGAGGGAAAUGGGGCGUUGUGAUGUGUCGCUAGGGCGACUGACACACCUUUUCAUGCGUCUGCUGAGCGAGGCCCCCGACGGAGUUCUUGACCUCAAGGAGGCUGCACUCAAACUGGGCACUCGCAAACGCAGGGUCUAUGACAUCACCAACGUGCUCAAUGGAAUCCGCUUGAUCCAGAAGAAGUCCACCAACAAAGUCCAGUGGGUGGGGAGCACUCCCAUCAGCAGCUUCAGUACUGUGUUCCGGACCAGGCUGAAGGAGGAGGUGCAGAGCCUGAGGACCAUGGAGGAGGCGCUGGACAACCUCAUCAAAGACUGUGCCAAGCAACUCUUUGCCCUGACCGAUGAUAAAGAGAACGCACAAGUGGCCUAUGUGACCCAUGAAGACCUAUCCCACAUCCAGGUCUUCCAGGGGCAGACUCUCAUCACCGUCCAAGCUCCAGAGGAGACCAAGCUAGACGUUCCCAUGCCCAGAGUGGAUGGGAUCAACAUGCACCUGAAGGGUACCCGCGGCACCAUCCACGUGAUGACGUGUGAGAUGGAUUUCCCCGGGAUUAUGCUGAAUAAUGCCAACUUGGAGAAGCCAGGCAGAUUCCAAUCUCUGGAGGAGAGCAGGAUACACACAGCGUCACUCAAGACGGACUCUACUUCUCCCCCAGGUCCAGUCCAGAGUGCCUGAGGACUGCAUGUAGGCUGCAGAUGCAAUGCACUGCGCUAACACACCUUAAAGACUGUAGGACCUCACUCAGACCCCCAGCAGUGAAGUGGGAAAGCGGGGUAUAUAGGGGUGACCACGCCUACCGACUUUCAUGAUGCCAGAGAGGAGAGUGAAACACUGAGAGAAGUGCGAAAAUGGUUACGUUACAAAACACCAGCGUGAGGCUGGUUCCCAAAUACGGGAUGGUUUGUUUACAGAAAGUAGUUUCCUAAGUUUUUCUUCCUUUAAAUCAUAAAAAUUAUAUUAAAACCACUGAUGGCAUUCACUGGAGAUUGUAAAGUGUUGAAACCAAAAGCCACCUUAAUAUUCUUGGGAGAUAUCUAUUUUCAUUGAUAGUUAAAAUAGUUUUUUUUGAGAUGUCUGAUACAUCCACAUAAGUGACCACAUAAAAUAAUAUAAUUCUGAACAGAAUUAUGCAGGUAUUAUUUUGUUUUAAAUGACAUUGAGCAUUAAUUAUCUUAACAGUUAAUGGCUCUUAUAUUGAUGUACUGUUGCAGAUUUGCAGUUUGGCAUUUGGAUCUUGAAACUGUAAUGCAUUACUAGUCACCAGUGUUGAAUGGUUGUUUGUGUUCUUCUUUGGCACAUUCCUUUUCAAUGUCUCAUAUUCUUACUCUUUGUCCUUGUCAUGUUUAAUCUUUUUUUCUCUUUCUGAAUAAACACCAAAUAGUACUUGUACUACUUAAUAUUGA